AUGAGCAUUUGUCGCUGGCCCGAACGUGGAAAAGGAGGAUGUCACCAAUGUCGCCUUCAGCAGAUAGCCAAAGUUUCAGCAGUUCGGCAACAGGAAAGCGAGCCUCGCAAGGUCUCACAGAUACAACGAAGAUUCGCAAUGUCGACCGGUCCGACCACGAGGUGGACGCUGAGGCGGAAGACGACUAAGCCUCCAACCAGAUUCGAUGGCCCCGAUUCCCUACUACGGUCCCAGAUUACCGCCAGCAGGAAGUCGAUCUUUCCCAGUUCAUUUAGGCAAAAUAUCUUUGUUGGCUCUUUAGGAAGGUAA